AUGGCACUUCAUUAUUUUGGAAGAAUUAGUGCCAAAAUAUUUCAAAAGGCAAAGACCAAUGGAAAAUUCAAGGGUGCAGAAUUGGUUGGUUUGAAAUAUGAGCCACUUUAUGAUUUUUAUCGCGCUGAAUUUGGAUCAGUUGCAUUCAAAGUUGUUUCUGAUGACUAUGUCACCAAUACAAGUGGUACUGGUAUUGUCCAUCAAGCUCCAGGAUUUGGUGAGGACGACUAUCGUGUCUGCUUAAAACACGGAAUUUUUGAUGGAAAGGAAGUUUUGCCACCAUGCCCAUUGGAUGAUGUCGGUCGUUUCGUGUCCCCAAUUGAAAAAUUUAAGGGAAUGUACAUUAAGGAUGCUGAUCAUCACAUUUGUGAUGAUUUGAGAGAACGUCUUAGAUUAUUCAAGAAGGAAGCUAUUGCUCACAAGUAUCCUUUCUGUUGGAGAUCUGAUACUCCACUCAUUUAUAGAACCAUCCCUUCAUGGUUUGUUGCAGUGACUGAAUUGAGAGAGCGAUUAUUAGAAAACAACAAGAGAACCUACUGGGUGCCAGAACAUGUUCAAGAAGGUAGAUUCCACAACUGGUUGGCUGAUUGCAAGGAUUGGACCAUUUCAAGAAGUCGAUACUGGGGUACACCAAUCCCAAUUUGGAUGAGUGAUGAAGGUGAGGAAAUGGUUGCUGUAGGCUCUGUUGCAGAAUUAGAACAAUUGAGCGGUGUGAAGGGUAUUACAAAUCUUCACAGACAAUACAUUGAUGGAAUUACUAUUCCAAGUCAAAAGGGAACUGGUAAGAUUUUGAAGAGAGUUACCGAUGUGUUCGAUUGUUGGUUCGAAUCUGGAUCCAUGCCAUACGCACAAAAUCACUAUCCUUUCGAAAAUGCUGAAAAAUUCAAGAACACAUUCCCUGCUGAUUUCAUUGCUGAAGGUUUGGAUCAAACAAGAGGUUGGUUCUACACUUUGUUGGUCUUGGGUACUGCCUUGUUUGAUACUUGCCCAUUCCAAAAUGUCAUUGUGAACGGACUUGUUCUUGCUGAGGAUGGUUCAAAGAUGAGUAAGAGUAAGAAGAAUUAUCCAGAUCCAAAGCUGGUCAUUGAUGAGCACGGAUCUGAUGCUUUGAGAUUAUACUUGAUUAACUCUCCUGUAGUUAGAGCUGAACCUCUAAAGUUCAAGGAAGCCGGUGUCAGGGAUGUCGUAAAGGAUGUCUUGUUGCAAUGGUACAAUGCCUAUAGAUUCUUCGUCCAAGCUGUGAGACGAUACGUUACGGAGACUGGAGAACCCUUCAACAGUGAUAUUGCCAACUCUGCCAAGAUUGAAAAUAUUAUGGAUAAGUGGAUUGUUUCCUCCAGCAACAGUUUACUGAAAGCCAUUGCUGAAGAAAUGAAGGCCUAUCGGUUGUACAAUGUUACACCAAAAUUAGAAACAUUUAUCGAUCACCUUACCCGUUGCGAAGCUAGCGUUCACUUUGAAAUGCUCCCUCAAUGUGAUGAGAGUAAGAUUGAUUUAGAAAUUGAAAGAACUGUUGAGGCAAUGCAAAGCGUUGUUAAGGUCGGAAGAACUUUGCGUGUCAGAAAGAAUAUUCCUUCGAGAACACCAGUUUCUGAGUUUAUUGUUUGCAAUGUUGACGAAGAUUUCAUUAGACGAGUGAAGGAAAUGGAUUAUUUCAUUAAGAAGGAACUCAACGUUCACGGUAACAUUGUGGCAACUAGUGACAUUAGACAAUAUAGCGUCAAAUUAGAAGCAAGCCCCGAUAACAGACUUUUGGGACAACGUUUAGGCAAGAAGUUCAGAGAAGUGAAUCAAGCUAUCAAAUCAUUAACACAUGAGCAAUUGGUUCAAUUCUUGAAGACCAGAGAAGUCGUGUUGUGUGGUGAAAGAAUUACCAGUGAAGAAUUGAUUGUCAUUAGCAAAUUUGUUGGCACUGAAAAGAACUACUUUGCUGAUGAUUGCAGCAAUGGUACCUUGAUACUCAACACUGAGGUGAGUCAAGAGUUGAUGGAAUUAGGUUUCUGCAGAGAAACAACAAGUAUGGUUCAACAACUUAGAAAGAAAGCUGGAUUGAACUUUGACGAUAAGGUUGAUGUAUUUGUGACAGGCAAGAGCUCACCACAAAUUGUUGAAAUUUUGAAGAAACACACCUCUUUCAUUGAACAACACUUGAAGGGUAUGCAAGUCUUCUUUGAAACUCCAAAAUCUGAAAGACCUGUGGUUAUUUCUUCAGAGAUGAAUGUUGACAGAAUUAAUAACGACAAUGAUCAUGUUGUAGUUGUCACCUUGGUGAGAUAA